UUCACCACUUAAGUCUGUGUUUCAGUUGGGCUAUUUGCUUGCAAAGACGCAGUCACUAACAAAACCUGAGCUAUUUUAUCCCUCUUCCUCCCAUCCAUUCAAAAUUCUCGUAGAAGAUUGAAAAAGAUUCUGAAAUGCAGGAAUUCGACCCCUUCAUAAUGAUAAAGAAGCUAAUUGUUCACUAGAUUUCUGCAAUAUUUUCAUCUCAUUCUUGAUUUAUUCAAAUCUCCUUCAUGAAAACAAUGUCCAUGCCAGUAUCCCUGAUAAUCACAAUCCCUUCUGUUGCAGCCCUCAAAACUCAAUCAAAGAUGCUUGCUUUCUGGUUUGCCCUCGCCACACGCCCUCCUGGCCUUGACCCAUAAAUUUCUUCCCUUUAAUUUCACUUCAUUUCCCUCUUUCUGUGAAAAAGUUUCGAUUUUGUGCCGAGGCCUAUUUCAAGAUUCAAUUUUUCUUGAAGUUCAGCCAAAAAAAAUAUUUCAAGAUUCAAUUUUUCAAGAUUGUUGAAGCAUGUGUUAUUUGUGGCAUGUCUUGAAACGAAUAUCUUAAGAAUAUUGUAUCUUGUGAAAUAGAUUAAAAUUUUGAAUUUAACUUGUAAUAUGAUGCAGUGUGAUAAUAAUCAGUAUGGUAUUAGCUUCGACUCUGAUGGUGGACAGUUUGUGAAUCAAUUGCUGCAUAGUUCUGAAAAUAGGGGGUGUUUGUCUUUGCCUGUUAAGCAGUCUCUGGUGUUAGAUGGCGAAAAGGGGGAGUUAGUGAAGGCUUGUGGAAAAGUGGGGAGAAAAAGAGGGGUUUCAGAGACGAAGACAGCAGAGGCUUUGAGGAGCCAUAGUGAGGCAGAGAGGAGGAGAAGGGAAAGAAUCAAUGCACAUUUGGAGAGCCUCCGAGGGCUUGUACCGAGCAAUGAAAAGCAGAUGGACAAGGCAACUUUACUAGCCGAAGUCGUCAGCCAAAUAAAACAGCUGAGGGCGACUGCGUCACAAGCCAGUGAAGGCCUGCAGAUCCCGAUGGACACAGAUGAAGUGAAAGUCGAAACGAUUGAGAAUCAUAGUGGCGAUGGCUCGUUCUUGCUUAGGGCUUCAAUCUGCUGCGAACACUGGCCUGAUCUGCUGUCUGAUGUGAGGCAGGUGAUCAGAAGCCUUCCGGUUCGGGUGCUGAAGACAGAGAUAUCCACAUUAGGAAGCAGGGUGAAGGUCGCGUUCUUGAUCACGUCGGUUGAAGGGGAUAUUGUGGUUGGCUCGGUUCGUGCAGCUUUGAGCGAUGUUCUUGAGAAAGUGUCGGUGUUGGUGGAGUCGGCUGAGCAACUGUUUAUUCCUCGUAAGAGGCAGCGGGUUUCGUGCCUUGAUUCUUCAUCGUGCUUGUUGCAGUGAGAGUUCGUAUUUGUUGCUAUCAUGUCGUGUAAUCGGAGAUGUGGUUUUGGGAUUGUGUUGAAUGCACCAAUGUAAUUUUGUGUAAUCGGAGAUGUGGUUUUGGGAUUGUGUUGAAUGCACCAAUGUAAUUUUUGUUUUUGUUAAUUUCUCCUAUUGUAUUUCUUCUUAAAUGAAUUAUAACUUGUAAGUCAUUUUCUCCA